GUGGAUUUAACAGGUGACAUCAAUAAGGGAUCAAAGCUUUCACCUGGAUUCACCUGGUCAGUCUAUGUCAGGGAUGGACAACUUUGAUGGUGGUAGGGACCACAAAACAUUUCACCAUUCUUGAUACAAGUUUAAGAUAGCUGGCCGCUAGACUAACUUACUAAUCUAAAUUAAAUGGCUGACAUGGGCUAAUUGAGUGACCGCUGAUCACAACCAAAUUUYGAAAUUGCACCGUGUGUAUUCUAACUCAACAGUAAGUUGAGACCCCGACAGAGUUCAGCGGGCCUACAAAAGGGGCGCCACGGCCGCAUGCGCCAGUUGCCCAUCCCUGGUCCAUGUCAUGGAAAGAGCAGGUGCUCCUAAUGUUUUGUACACUCAGUGUAUAAUUUCACCCCUUGUGAUACACAAAAUGUUCCAUGUAUUGUCACGAACACAAAGGAGUUAGGAAUGUAGUAUCACAUGACUAAAGGUGCACACAAAUGGGUGUGUGAUUGGCUAUAUAAGCCUAUCCUGUUGCAUAAUGAUGCCAGAUUACCUUACUAGAAUGAGAUAUAGGCCCAGGGUCAACUUUCUUCUGUUGAUUCUCGACAGGUGUCAACUGUGAUUGUAUGGUAACAUGAUAUUUAUCUUUAUUGGGCUGAAGCCAAAUUUGGCCUUUUUGAUGAAUAACCAAGAACAAUGACAUCUUUUGUGGUCUGGAAGAUAAUAGCCUAYGCAAAAUGUGAUUAUCCUGAAAUGUAUGCCCAUUGAUUGCUUCUUGUUUUCUUUAGUUACUGGAAAUGCAAUGGUAAGUAGGCCUAUGAUCAAUAAAGGCCUACAGCCCUUGUGCUGAAUGCAGUAUUUUUGCAUUUGUAAACAUGAAAAACUCUUAUUUAUUAUUAUUUUUACCAUGUAAUACAUUCAUGAAAUAUGAACAUAUCUGGAAUAUUAAUAUUUAUUGGGAAAAUAAAAGAACAUUAAGAACAUGACAAAAAAACGUUCUCCGAAAGACAUGCAUCUAAGAUAGGUAUGUUUAAGACUAGUACACAGRGUGAUACAGUUUAAUGACUAUGAAUCGUACUGGAAAUUGUUCAGCCCUAUUUGGUCCAGUUGGGUAAAUUCUCAAGGUGACGGUUAUUAAGGCAGGACUUCCGGUAAAAAAAAUUGCUAUCCGGAAGACUGCACUCUUGUGUCUUGAGAAAACAAAUGGCAGGAAUGAAACUGUCGAAAUGAAGUUGAUUUGAUAAUAAAAACAAUCCAAAUUAAAGUGYGACGACGAUACAUUAUUUAAUCUUCACUUGCUUAUUGAUCCUGCAUAUUGUCAUCGAAGAGGUUAGUGAAACGAAGGAAGAAAUGGCUACAGAGACCGAAUUCUACGUUAUGAAACUGGAGAUUGACAGGGAAGGUAUGAACUGAAGACCAGCGCUUUCAUCCCCUAACCAGCUCACCUACCUCCUGUCCAAGAUGAAUCCAGCUCUCCCUCAAUUUUUCCCUCAUACCUUAUACAUAUUCCUUGUCUUUUUUUGACUCAGGCUUUACCUAAUUAUGUUAACCUGUUUAUGUUUUCAUUACUUUAAUACAAGAUUUAAACUAACCAAUUAACCUCUCCACAUGUCCUUCUUGUGUUCUGCAUUCCUUUGUCACUUCCUUUCCCUCGUAAGUUGUUUGGGCCAUGCUCCGUAAGAGAGGUUCUGCUAUUCUCUGUGGUGCUUUUCUCUUUGUCGCCUGGAAUGCCGUCGUGGUCUUCUAUCUGUGGGGCCGACCCCUGUCUGGUCGAGAGGAGAUGGAUGGAGGACGAGGAGGGGCUGAUUUGGCUGGGGAUGUGAUCCACAUGGCAGAAGCCUUUGAGGCAGAGCUUGAAAUGCAGAGAAAAAUCCUGCUUCAGAUACAGGGUCAUCGGUCACUAUGGGAACAACCCAAUGAGAAUGGCGCCAGCAGAGGUGGCCCCCCUCAAGUGGUCAUUCCCAUCUUGGUUAUAGCCUGCAACAGAGUUACUGUCAAACGCUGCCUGGACAAACUCAUAGAGUACCGCCCCUCAGUUGAACUCUACCCAAUUAUAGUCAGCCAGGACUGUGGGCAUGCGGAGACUGCACAGGUGAUUGGUUCUUAUGGCAGUCAGGUAACUCACCUGAAACAACCAGACCUGUCAGAUAUUGCCGUGAGACCAGAACACAAGAAGUUCCAGGGCUACUACAAAAUCUCCAGGCACUAUCGCUGGGCUCUCAACCAGGUGUUCAACUCUCUUUCACAUUCCUCUGUUGUUAUUGUGGAAGAUGAUUUGGAGGUGGCACCAGACUUCUUUGAGUAUUUCAGAUCCCUUCACCCAAUCCUGAAAUCUGACCCGUCUCUGUGGUGUGUGUCUGCCUGGAAUGACAAUGGUCGGGACGGCUACGUCGACCCUGGUAAAGCAGACCUCCUGUACAGGACAGACUUCUUCCCUGGGCUGGGCUGGAUGAUGCUCAAGGAACUCUGGAUGGAGCUGGAGACCAAGUGGCCUGGUGCAUUCUGGGAUGACUGGAUGCGUCAGCCAGAUCAGCGCAGAGAUCGAGCCUGUAUUCGACCCGAAAUAUCCAGAACUUUAACCUUUGGACGGAAAGGUGUGAGCCUAGGCCAAUUUUAUGACAAAUACCUACGCUACAUUAAACUGAAUAGUGAAUUUGUGCCUUUCACCAAGCUGGAUCUGGCUUACUUGAAGGAGGAAAAAUACAAGGAGAUCUUUGAGAAGCAGGUUUACAGUGCGCCUUUGGUCAAAUAUGAAGAGGUCCAACGGGGACAGUUAAAAGGAGCGGGUCCAUUUUGUCUACACUACUCAAGCAGAGAUGGUUUCAAAGUGUUGGCCAAAAACCUGGGCGUGAUGGAGGACUUGAAGUCAGGGGUCCCACGGACAGGGUAUCGGGGAGUGGUCAGUUUCCUGUCAAGGGGAAGGAGAAUCUUCCUGGCACCCCCUCCGGGAUGGAGCAAAUAUGACCCAACCUGGAGUUGAUGACAAACACAAAGGACUGAAGAGGAAAGGGCUCUGCACAUUACAGAUAGUACUAUGGCAACAKAAGUGAGACCAAUGAAUGCCAGAUGUGGACCUGGCUUUAAGCUAUAGUGAGAUUAUGAGAUGCCUAUCCUCUCUCUUCCAUUUCUGAUGUUUGAUUUUUCUCCCCAUACUUCUCAGGAUUUUUCAUACGCUCAAAUAAAUAUAUUUUUGCAAURUGAGGUUGGGAUAGUAGGGUAGGUACCGAUGUCAUUAUUUUCAGAGAUUUAUUUUUUUAUAUACUCUAAUCAUGCACAUGAAAUUCAAUGCAACAUCCACUUUGAUUAUUCUCAGUCUUGUAAGCAAUUUCUGGGAGACUAUCUGUUACUAAUCUAUGUCAGAUGAAAAAUAUAUUAUCUGUGGCGUGUUCAAUAAUGGUGGUGGUCAACUAGUGAUUGGUCCUAAAGUAUAAUUGCUUCACAAUAUUUAGUUAAUCUUUUGGAGAACUGUUUUGACUAUUUUAACCUGGUUAUAAUAAUGCUUAAUGUUUUUCCCAAAGAGACGGCUACUGAAGUGUGUAUUUAUUUAAAUGCAAGAUACACAUCACAAAUGCUGUAUGUUAUGUACUUAAGGAAUUAAAUUCUACCAAUCAAC